GCAUCCCAACAAACUGACCUCCCAUUGGAUUCGCGAACGGCCAACCGGAAUCUGCCUUGCUGACCUAAAUUUUUGGCGGGUAAACGGCAAAGCGUCUUUAAAUGUGUGCGCCCAUGUCCCUGAGGUUUCUCUGGUGCUGGUUAAAAUGUCACACUGGAGAAUGUGCGAGGCCGACAGUGGGGCUUGAACCUGCAACCUUCUAACUCCAAACCAAUAGUACUACCAACUGACCCAAGCCCUCUUUUAUAUAUUCUCAAAGCACAUUUGGAAAUUGGAGUGAAAGCGGAUCAUGGGGAUUCAAGGAUUGCUGCAGUUCGUUAAGGAAGCUUCAGAACCAAUCCAUAUUAAGAAGUAUAAAGGACAAGUUGUAGCAUUGGAUAUGUACUGCUGGCUUCAUAAAGGAGCUUUUGCGUGUGCUGAUAAAUUAGCAAAAGGAGAACCAACUGAUCAAUAUGUAGGUUAUUGUAUGAAAUUUGUUGAAAUGUUGGUCUCAUUUGGAAUCAAGCCAGUCUUGGUUUUUGAUGGUUGCACUUUACCCUCUAAAAAAGAGGUUGAAAAAGCUCGAAGAUUACGUAGGCAAGCAAACUUGCAGAAAGGAAAGCAACUCCUUCGUGAAGGGAAGUCAGCAGAAGCCAGAGAGUGUUUUACUCGCUGUGUCAACAUAACACCUGCCAUGGCUCAUGAAGUCAUAAAAGCAGCAAGAGCAAAGGGAAUGGAUUGUAUUGUAGCACCUUAUGAGGCAGAUGCUCAAUUGGCCUACUUAAGUAAGAUUGGUAUAGCUCAAGCAGUAAUUACAGAAGAUUCAGACCUGUUGGCAUUUGGAUGUAAAAAGGUUGUACUGAAAGUGGACAAGACUGGGAACGGCAUAGAAAUUGAUAAGUCUCGGUUUGGCAAAUGCAAGCAGCUGGGUGAUGUUUUCACUGAAGAGAAGUUCAGAUAUAUGUGUAUUUUGUCAGGAUGUGAUUAUUUGGCAUCCAUUCAUGGAAUUGGUUUGGCUAAAGCAUGCAAGCUGCUUCGGGUUGCCAACAACCCAGACAUCAUUACGGUGAUCAAGAAAAUGGGACAAUAUUUGAAGACAACCAUUACUGUAACAGAAGAAUACAUAGAUGGAUUCAUUCGGGCAAAUAACACAUUUCUCUAUCAGUUGGUGUUUGAUCCAUUGAAACGGAAACUUGUUCCUUUAAAUGCGUACUCGGAUGGAGUUGAUCCAGAAACACUUGACUAUGCUGGGCAUCACUUUGGUGAUGAGAAAGCUCUUCAUAUUGCUCUUGGCAAUAUCGAUAUCAAUACUUUGGAAACCAUAGAUGAUUACAACCCAUGUACUUUCCAGCUUCCAACCAAAAGGACUCAUGGGUGGAAUGACACACAAGCCAAUAAGCAGAAAGUGCCACAUAUGCUCAGCAUAUGGAGCAAAGAAUAUAGACCAUAUGAAAAUCAGCUUUUGGUCCCAAGGGCACAAAUAUCCCCAGAAAAACCCUGUACUAGGGGUAUCGAGAAAGUGAUCAACAUCAAAAGAUUAAAACUUCCCAAUAGAGAGAUGAUGGCUAAAAGGCCAAGAGAAGAUGACGGUCUUUCAGAUGGAGACUUGUUAAGUCAGUACUCAUUUCCAAAUAGUAAAAAACAUAAAGAAGCUGCUGAAAAGUGCCCAUCACCACAAUCUCCUUCAGAAGAGGAGGAAUCCUCAUCAGCGGAUCACUCAGUCGGCCAUGAAAGUCCAAGGCCUCACUCCAAGAUCCGGAAUCGGUUUGCUACCAUUUUGCAAAGGAGGAAUGAAGAUUCAGGUGCUGUUGUGGUUCCUGGAACCAGAAGCCGGUUCUUCUGUAGUCCCAAAGAAGCUUGUGUAUCUGAUCAAAAAAUUGGAGCCAAUGCAAUAUCUAGUGCAACAGAGAGAAGCAAGGAUUUGAACCCAAUUAGUUCUUGUAAUAGUGAGAAAAAUGACUCCUUGGCGACAAGUAUAAGCAGAAAUGAAUGUGAACAGGAUGAGCAGUCACUUGAACUUUUAAAUGCUAGUCCUAAUACCAACGCAGCUCUUAGAGAUUUUCAUUCGGUGGCCAGGAAAAGUUUAAGUGUUUUUAGUUGGUCUGGAGACCUGAGGGAAAAAUCGAAGACACACGAUUCUGCUGUUGGUUUAUCUGUAUUGCAGCAAUUCUGCAGAAAGGUGGCAUACUCGACUAUAAGUAAAUGUAAUGACAGUAAAGCAGUGGCAAAAAGCAAUCAGAGUGAAAUCCUGUACCAGUCAAACCUUCCGGAACAACCUGAGGAACCCUUGGAUGGUGACUCUGAAAUGAUGACCUCUCCACAAUCACCUCUUGGCAUUAGCUCUUCUCUGGGCAGUUCAUGCAGUACUUUUGAUUCCUUGGGCUCUUCUCAAAAGUCCAGGAGUUCUGAUUUGGAUGAAGCCAGUGACGAUGCAAUGUCACAUGAUCAAAUUUCGAGUCCUGGCACUUUGCCAGAAUUACCUGAGAGAGCUAUUGUAACCAUAAAGCACAAGGUUCCUGGGUUACACAAGCUGAGCCCCGGAUCUUUCGGAAAGUUCACUAAACUGUUGCUUCCAGGACCAGCCAAAGCCAGUGGAUUAAGCAAAAGGUCACUGUCACUGCAGAAAAAGAAACCUGCCCCAAAUAAUGAGAACAAGCCUGAACUGCAGGCUACUAUCCAUGAUUUGUGGCAGAAAUUUGGGUUUAAAGGGGAAUCCAAGAAGCUUCAAUCUAGUCAAAAAUCUGGCCCAAUGUCUCCUGUCGAGGACAACUUGCAAAUGUUGACCCCAGAGACUGAUCAAAGUAUUUUAUUCAGGUCGGAAUGUAGUUCUGUGCAAAGAGCCAUACAUUGGUGAGGAAAUCCGUGAAGAUGUUUAAGCUUGACUCGAUGUAGUUAGGAAUAUAUGACCAUAACAGAUUCUCUAUUUUAACCAUGAUAAAAAUGUAAAGUUGGUGCAGGCUGCAACGUGGCAAUAGCUAACAUAAUUGCCACCUUUGUGAAAUAUACUUGAGAUGUGUAAUGGCAGUUACUUGUAUUAACUUUUUUAUUUUUUUUUUAAAUAACUGAACUAACUUACUUGACUUAAGAACUGAAUUUUAUUUUUUGUUUGAACAGAACAGUGUGAAAUGCAGUUUUGUGACACAAAAAGUGAUCGUUUCAUCCUUGCUUACCCCGCCCCCAGCAAAUGAAGAUUCAUAAAUUUAAAACAUUUUGAUGUUGUGGAGGAAGAUGCCAUGUGUAUCACAGAAAAGUUUAAAUUAUGUCCUCCCUAAAUCCUGGUAGGUUUUAUAGUAGGAGAGCGAUCCCAAAUGGUAAUUUACCACCAAGACAGCAAAGCUGAAAAUUACCCUCUGCAGAAAAAUAUUGAAUUCAUUUAGGACUUUACUGUGUCAGGAUAUCAAGUUUUUCACAUAAAUGGAACCAUUUUUAGUGUCAGCUUAGAAAAUCGUUUCAAGAAACCUGGGAAUUCCUGACAUGCCAGAGUUGGUCAUUAUAGUUUACAAACAUUAGCAAGUGAAAAAGGAUCACUUUUAUGUUGCUUCAUAGUGAUGGAGUGUGGAGAGAAAUGAAUUUGAUGUAACCACAGAAUCAAAUGAAUUAACAUUUGGUGGCGGCAGCAAAGGAAAGGAUAUGUAAUUUAUUAUUUACAUGCUACAGUAUCAAAUGUGAAGCAAAUACAAAUUUUACAAAUAAAAUAAGAUCUACCUCCUCUCCCUA